AUGAAAGUCAUCUCCAGACUCGCCCGCGUGCCCUCCUCUGCGAGGCGCCGCCUAGCUCUUUCUGAAAGCCUUUUCGCUAUUCCGUCCGCGGCGUCGACUUCUCCCGCGAGCUCGGCGCCUGCGCGCUUCUCCUCGCGGGCCUCGCAAGCGCCUUCUCUGCCCCCCCCCGGCCUUCGCGCCUCGUAUUCGGGGCGGGCACAGGCUGCAGCGCUGGAGGCCCGCCCAGCGGGCGGCGUGGCGUUUUCUGUCGCGCGCUUCUCGUCGCGCGCGGCGGAGGCAGCGACGUGGCGAAGUCUGGAGGAGGGCGACGCGGCGGAGGACGCGCUUCGCCAAGGAGAAAAAGAAGUCGGGGGCCGUCCGGUGUACCUUGACAACCAGGCGACAACUGUGCAGGACCCGCGCGUCACAGAUGCGAUGCUUCCGUUCGUUUACGACAAGUUCGGAAAUCCGCACUCGAGCUCUCACUCCAUGGGCUGGGAAGCCGCCGAAGCCGUAGAACGCGCGAGGUCGCAAGUUGCGCAGUUGCUGGGGCUGGAUGCGUCGCGUUCGCGAGAGAUUAUUUUCACUUCGGGGGCGACGGAGAGCAACAACUUGGCGCUGAAGGGCGCGGUUCACUACUACUGCCGCGCGCACCCAAUUGCGUUCCGGAAGAGCGAGGCGGGUGUCCAGCCGCGGGUUCGAAACCACAUCAUCACUACGCAGCUUGAGCACAAGUGCGCGCUUCAGUGCUGCCGCAUGCUGCAGCUGCAGCACAAGGAGACCGGCGGCGCGGCCGGCUGCGACCUCACCGUCUUGCCUGUGAAACUCGACGGCCUAGUGGACUUGGAUGAACUAGAGGGGGCCAUUCGACCCGAGACCCUGCUCGUCUCCGUCAUGUUUGUCAACAACGAAAUCGGCGUCGUCCAGGACCUAGAAAAAAUAGGAGAAAUCUGCAAAAAACACGACGUCCUCUUCCACACUGAUGCUGCACAAGGCGCGGGGAAGAUUCCGAUCGACGUCGACAAGAUGGGCGUCGAUCUCCUCUCGCUGUCAGGGCACAAAAUAUACGGCCCGAAAGGCAUCGGCGCUCUCUUCGUCCGCGCGAAGAAGCCCCGCGUGCGCCUGCAGCCGAUUAUCGAUGGUGGCGGUCAAGAGAGAGGACUCAGAAGCGGAACGCUGGCGACGCCUCUCUGCGUAGGCCUGGGGGCGGCGUGCGAGUUGGCGCUCAGCGAAAUGGAGAACGAUCGACGCCACGUGACGCGCCUUGCUCAACUUCUUCUCGACUCGGUGCGGGAACAGGUUCCGGACAUCGAAGUGAAUGGCAGCCUGACGAGCCGGUAUCCAGGCAACCUGAACAUCUCUUUUACCUUCGUCGAGGGCGAGUCCGUCCUCAUGAGCAUCCGCGACGUCGCGAUAUCCUCAGGAAGUGCCUGCACCAGCGCGUCGCUGGAGCCGUCCUACGUCCUCCGCGCCCUGGGCGUCGGCGAGGAAGUCGCGCACACGUCGCUUCGCUUCGGAAUCGGCCGGUUCACGCGCGAGGAAGACGUCAGGCAGUGCGUGGAGCGGCUGGUCGCGCAAGUUCAUCGCCUGCGCGAGCUCUCGCCGCUAUACGAGCUGGAGAUGGCGAAGCGCCGGGCGCAGGCCUCCGGAGUCUGCCCCAACGACGAGACGGAGGGUCUGAUUUGGACCUAG